CAUUAUAAUCGAAGAGAGGAUCGCCUCGACUCCGCCAUCUCUCUCUUCUCCCCCUCUAAAGCCCUAAUCCCUAAAUCAUUAACCUAACAAAUUUCAACAGAAAAAUCUUGCGAUUCCGAGUUUGUAGAUGCAUUGAGGAUUACUACACGUGCUAAGUUAUUUUGGGGGAAGCUAGGGUUUGUGGAAUGGGGGCGCUGACGACUUUAACAAAGUGGAUCCCUGAGGACGACCUCUUGUUGAAGAAUGCUGUUGAGGGAGGUGCUUCUUUGGAGUCAUUGGCUAAAGGCGCAGUUCAGUUUUCACGCCGAUUUACUAUUCGUGAACUGCAAGACCGAUGGCGCUCUCUUCUCUAUGACCUUGAUACCUCAACAGAAGCGUCAGCUCGAAUUGUUGAGAUUGAGAUUGAACUUGCUGCAUCAAAUCUCCCGAAACCUAACCGAGCUUGCAAUUCUAAUUUUAAAGGAAAUGAAGCAUCCUCUGGGAAAAGGAGAUCAGAUAGUGUUCGGAGCCAUUACUAUGCCAUGCGAAAGAGAAUACGGAGUGAACCUUGUGCUUCCAGUGCAAGCUUGCUUAUGCCACCUGCUUACCUUGCUGAUAAUGGCUAUGAUAAUGGUCUCAUGGAUCAAACAAAAUUUCAAAAUAAGCAAUCAGUUGAUAACUUUGCUCUUCAAAUGCCCUGCUCAAAUGAUUUUGGACAUCCCGAAACAGGGUAUGAUAGUGGGCAUCAUACUUUUGAUAAGCUGAUGAGAGUUGAUUCUACUGUUACCAAUGUUCCUCACCAGUUAUAUCACCCAGAACAUGUGGGCUCAGUUGAAGAUGAAAUUCGAGAUGGCGCAUCACGCGAGGCUUAUUUAUACGGAAUUACAGGUGCAGAAAAUAUAACUUCUGCACAAUGUGAUGAAGCAGAAUUUAACAAUGGAAACAAGUCUUCUGAACAUAACUUCCAACAGAGAGAUUUUCCCAAUAUACUUGGAGAAAAUCUUAUUUCCGAGAAUUCCCCAGAUGUUCAUGAAAUCUGCCAGUCAAAUGCUUUAGAUAGCCCGUAUAAAAAUGACAGUAUUGGAACCAAAGCCCUAUCAGGUUUUGAUUCAUCUAAUAACAACCAUGAAGUUCGUUGCUAUGAUUCUGUCAGAAAUGAUAACUUAAGUUCACGUGUUCCCGACUCUAGUCAUUCAUUCCACCAGUUUGGAUAUUCAUCUCCGUCGUCUGGCUUACCUAUCUGGAGGACUAUGGAGGACAUUGCGACUCCUACAAUGCCAAUGGAUGGGCAUUGCACAGAAAAAGAUCCAAGAGUACUCAACAUGGAUGGUCAUGAGAAUAUUGAUGCACCACAGCGUGAUGUUUCUAUGCCAGAACCUAAGUUAGACACUGGAAUGUCUGGCUCAGGAUUAAAUAACCCAGCAAUCAUGCCUGAAAACGAAUUUAUGGAUUUUUCUGAAACUUAUAUGGAUUUUGAUAAUGAUGAGAGUUUUCUUUUCAUUGAUGUGGAUGAAAAAGAUGAUACAGAUAGGCCUUGUCUUGGUCUAAGCUCCAUUUUGUUGAGUUCUCCUAGUGGCUCGCAACAUGGUAUAGCUGAUUCAAAUGAUUUAGGAACAACCAAUGUUUCUGAGACAUGCCUUGGAAUUCCUGAUGCAGCAUACCCUGAAAAACCUGUUGUUCUCCGUGAUAAGAUGCACUCUAGCUUGCAUAAUGAUGAGAAUACUUCUGCUGCUGAUGUCAAUAUUCCAUCUACAUCCACACAGACACCUAAAACAGCUGAACCUCGACAGGAGUUUAUGAUCUGUGCAUUAAACAUGCAAGAUCUUGAAGUCCCAGAUAACGACCAUAUCAUUUUUCCUGACCAUGGAUGUUCACCAUUCUCUUCUAAUCCUGAGCAAUUGGAUAGGGAAACUGGUAGAUCCUUGUCUGUCAGUGUCUCAGCAAUCGAUGGGAGGGGUCCUGUUGGAGAUUUAAACAAAUUAAAGGAACACACAACAAAUGCACAAUCCUUGAGUAUGUCUAAACUAGGGGUGAUACAUACAUGUGAUGGUUGUGCUGUGGAAACUGAGUCAUUUAGUCGUCGUUCUAUGGCUGGAGGGUCCAGAUGUGCAGGUGCUAGUGUUGGUGAACCAAAGCCUUCCAAUUCAGAUACUGCAGUUCUAAACUCUGCACCAGUAGCUGCAUUGGAAGAAGAAAACACUGACCUUGCUUUUGAUAAUCAGGACAACCCUGAUACUUCAUUUGCAUCCUUUCUAGAAACUCACCUACAAGAUGCUGAUGAUGUUAAACCUCAUCCAACUGAAAGUCAUCCGGAGGAAGAAAAUAUGCAAGCUUCACAUCGGACGUGCCUGCUACCAGAUGCGAAUCUGGUUUCUGGGCUAUCAGAUACAGCAGCAGUUAUCUCAACUUCCGACAAAGAGGAGCAAUUUUCUGAAAGCGAAGAUGAUGUUCCUUACUUUUCUGACAUUGAGGCUAUGAUACUUGAUAUGGACUUGGGUACAUAUGAUGAGGAAUCAUGUCUGUUCUCCAAAGAAGUAUCAAGAUAUCAGCACAUGGAUAUGAAAAACACCAUUAGGUGGGAGCAAGGUUUUCUUUCUCACAUAAAUAGGUCCAUUUCAUCUCACGGUGCUUUUGCUGUUUUCUAUGGCCGGCAUUUGAAGUAUUUUAUCAGAGACCCUGAGGUAUCAGUUGGAAGAGAAACAAAAGAUGCAAAAGUUGAUAUUGACUUGGGAAGAGAAGGACGGGCUAAUAAAAUAUCUCGACGGCAGGCAAUUAUUAAGAUGGAUGAAGAGGGAUCAUUUACCCUAAAGAACAUUGGCAAGUUUUCAAUCUUUGUCAAUGGUAAGGAAGUGCCUGCAAAAAAGCAGAUAAAUCUACUCUCACAUUCUCUCAUUAAGAUUCAGGACAUGCACUUUGCAUUCGAAGUGAAUGAGAGUGCAGUUAGAAAUCACAUCAAGAGACAAAGAAGCCGAGGAGAGAGUGCAUUUCGGUUUGACUGGAAAUCUGAGCAGAACCCGUGAGCUCUUGCACUUCUUCAAAGCCUGCUCUAAUAUAAUUUUCUUGUGUUUGUUUCAUGCGGAGCUACGAAGAAUAUUCGAAAAUUCAUGUGGAGCCACGAAGAAUAUUCGAAAACAAUGUGUUGCCUUUUGGAGCGGAUUUGCAAGAGUAAUACUCUCUCCAACCCAAAGAUGAGUGACACACUGUAUGUAUAUAUGAUAGGGAUUUGCAAAUUAUUCUGAUAAUAUGUUUUUUUUCCCUCC